GUCAAAAUUUUUUAACUCAACACAUCGAAAGAAAAUUUUUCGUUUGCUUUUCGUCGUCGGAUUCGGUUACUCGGGCCCGUCGUAUCUAGAGUCGCCUGCGGUCAGGUGCGUGUGUCGUGAAGUGCUGAUAACCCGCAAAAUACCGUGGAAAAAGAGCCGUGAAAAGGAACCACCAUGUAUCGAUUGUUAGUGCAGAGAACUUGCUUCAGCGGAUCAAAGAGACAAAGUGCUCAGCUGCUUCGGAGCAUCAACACUAAAGGAUCACUGCCACAGUUCCGGGAAGCUGGUUUCGGUAAGGUUUUGGUCAUUCUAUCUCCAUUCCUUGUUGGAGGCGGUGUUGUAGCAUAUGCAAAAUACGAUGAUGAGUUUCGAAAGACUCUAGUUACUAGUGUGCCAGCAUUGGAUCCGGUUUUGAAGGCUCUUCUCCAGGAAGAAAACCCUCUAGAGGAAGUGACAAAAAAAUUGGAUGAUAUUUCCAGCACCAUUAGCGGAUAUACUUCUAGUGUCACCGGAUUUUUCACAGGUGGAAAAGAGGAGAAGAAACCUGAAAAGUCUGUUGACCUGCCGCCAAUAACUCGUUCCAAAUCGGUACACGUACCUGUCCCAUCGCCUCCACUUUCAAAACCGGAACCGUUAGUUGAGAAAGUUACUCCAGCCCCUGCCGUUAAAACAUCUGCUCCAAGUCCAGCGAUAAAACCUGCACCUACCAAAACGGUUGUACCUGCCCCUUCGGUAGCCACCUCGAAACCAACACCAGUAGCCAGUCUAGCGGAAGAGGUCCCGAAAUCGAUUAGUGAUUUGGAACGUCAAAUCGAUGUUGCAGCUGCUACAGCUAUCAAGGAAUACGGAAAAGCAGUGCAGGUACUGAAGACUUAUACGGAUGACGUGAAGAAAGUGGUGGACGAAUCCGUCGACAAGUUGGACAACUCUAGCUGGACUUUGCUGCGUAAUCGUACCAGUGCGAGGGACACCGCUCUGAAAGAAGCGGAGAAUGCAGCCGAAAAUGCACGAGAGAAAAUAGAAAAGUUGCAACAUCUAUUGGACGGCAGAGAGUUGAAGUGUUCCGAUGAGUUGAAGAAUAAGGCUCGUGAAAAUAUUGCUGCCUACUUGGAACAUUUGAAGAAGGCAAAAGAAGAUGUGUUCAAGGCACGAGAUCUGGCCCACCUGGGGGAAAAAUAUUGGAAGAAGGUUGAAACCGCAAGAAACUACUUCAUCGAUGAAAUUGAGCUUCUGUUCCCCGGAUUGAACUUGAGCGAGAAGAAGCUCAACAUAUCGAAGGACGACUUGGAUUUAUUCAUCGUACAUGCCUUCACUCAAGUAGUUGCCCAUCAGAAGGAACUGCAAAAGCUACAGAUCGAAGGAGACCAACAGCUUAAGCGGGCAUUGGAAGCGGUGCGAGGAACCGAUCAGAGCGAUGCCGUCAAGGCUCAGCUGGAGUACGAGAUCGCAAAAGAAAGGCGGGAGCUAAAUUUGCAGAACCAAAAGAAGCUUCUAACCAUUCGCGCUGAUCUGGAACGCGACCUGCGUAACCAGAUGAAACGUCAAUCGGAGGCUCAUUCCGAUCACCUGGCAGAUGCGCUCACUCAAAAAGAGCAGGAAAUGAAGCGCAAAUUUCAGCGUGAGCUGGAUGAAAAAAUUUCUACCGAACAGGCCUCCUACAAACUCCAACUGGCCGCAAUGCUUGGCAAGCUGAAGGGCAUGGAUACCGCACUGAAGGAGAUCGACGAUGAUUUGAAAGAUCGAGCCGAUGCCGAACGAAGUGCCCAUCAGGCACAAGCCCUGUGGGGUGCAUGCCAAUCAUUGUGGGCUUCGAUUCGAUCCGGUCAACCAGGCAAGUCGUGGCGCGAUCAACUUCGACCCUUGGAAGAUGAAAUCAGUGCCGUUCGCCGUGCUGCUGAGGGUGACGAGUUAGUCAGUGUUGUACUUAAGGGGGUCCCCGAAGAGGCUAGGAAGCGCGGUGUGUACCCGGAGGAUGCACUACGGGAGCGAUUUAUUAAAGUUGAAGAAAUUUCCCGUCGUUUGGCUCUUAUUCCUGCUGAAGGUGCCCGCCUGCCGAUGUAUUUCCUUUCGUUCUUGCAAGCAGCACUCAUAAUUCGCCCCAGUAUUUCCAUUUCCAAGGACGAGUUGGAGGACAAACCAUUCGAUUUCAACAAAUUGGAUACCUACGACAUUCUGAAUCGUGCUCGUUAUUGGCUUGACCGGGGUGAUUUGGUCCGUACGGUGCAGUACAUGAAUUUGCUACAAGGAGCGUCGAGGAAAGCUGCCAUUGAUUGGUUGAAUGAGGCACGUUUGCUGCUGGAAACCCAACAAGCUGCCACCACUCUGAUGGCCCAUGCGGCAUCUAGUGGCAUUCGGUUCCUGUAAACAGUGUUUGGCGCCAUUUGUUGUGUUGUUUUAAGUGUACCUCCUUCCCCAAGAGACUCGAUUCCAGAUAUCACGUACCUACACAUCCAACAAUAAGAUAAAAGUCUCAAUGCGAAACCGAUCUAGACGAGAAACUGUGAAACCAACGAUCGUGUUUUAAUUUAUACAAAGUUUAUCGAAAUUAAAAACGACAUUGCGAGAUGGAAGGAUUUAAAUUCAAGUAUUGUUCCGUGUUUGGGGAGAGCAAUUGUAUAGUUUUUUUUCAUCCAACAGCAAAAAUUCACAAUUGGUACAAGUGUAGCAGAAUCGGUGUCGCUGUUACCGUCGAUAUUCUUGGACAACGAUAUAAGAAAAAAACAGUACAGAUUAUAAAGGCUUCAAUUUGUUGGCGUGCUAAUUUGCUGAAAUUAUAAAUAGUGAUUUAGGGCAGAUCAAUUCAAUAAAGGAGAGAAGCUAUUCCUACAAA